GGAGGGGCGAACAAAGACGGCCACGCCUACUGGGCGUUUCUCUAAUCUACUGCCACAAUGAGGGAACCCGUGAUCACAGUAAACACACAGCUACUAGACUGAGAAGCAUGAGCGUACUGAAUAGGGGUAAUCCUAGCAGUGAGUAUAUAACGCGAAUAACUAACUGCUGGUCAUGUCUUCAACGAGAAAACAGUAUUUUGCCGUUUGUUGUCUGGCUUUGAUGAUUGUUUGCUUAACGGUUGUGAUGAAGAAAUGGCACUUCGGGCUCAGAGGGGAUUUGGGGGAUGCUGCUCUGAACACGGGCUUGACUCCGCUACGUGGUGCAUUACUUCAGCACAUAAGAGACAGACAGCAGGAGAUUGCUCCGUUUUACACCUUAAAUCAUAGGCAUCGAUCAUUAGAAGUACAAGCGACUUUUCCCCACGCAGAUCUGCAGGCUUCGGGAGCAGAGAUUGGAUGCAGUGAUCUGAGCGGCUUGACAGUUGUGGACUUUCUUGGCGCCGGUUACACAAAAAUGGUGUUGAAAGUCGUUUUAGCGCAGGGUGUAGAAGUGGCGCUGAAAACCGUCAACAAUCAGGGGACAGACAUGAGAUCUUGUUUGGAGGAUUUCAGGGAUCCACAGGGCUGCCAGGACCUCGUGUCCUUCAAACUGAGAAAAGAGAUCAUCCUGCUGCAGAGACUACAGCACCCUAACAUUGUAAAGCUGAAAGGUCAGUGCCAGGACAGUGCCCUGGUGGGUGGCAUCACAGCAGUGCUGGAGCAGGGAACCCCAGUACAGAUGAUUCAGCUCCUGCAGAGCCCCUGGGAAGAGCGCUUUCGGGUGUGUCUCGGCUUGGUCAGGCUUCUUCACUAUCUGUCGCUUUCUCCUCUGGGCUCUGUGGCUUUGCUGGACUUCCAGCCUCGUCAGUUCAUCAUGGUGUCUGGCGAGCUCAAGCUGACCGAUCUGGAUGAUGCCAUUGUAACAGAGACACAAUGCAGGACAAGUUCAGAUUGUGUGCUGGAGUUUCCACUGCGCAACUUCACCUUCCCGUGCUCGGGCAGCGGAGUGUGCCAAGGCCUCAACGAGAUGAGGAACCUCUACAAUGCUUACAGAUAUUUCUUCAUCUAUCUACUGCCUCAUCAGGCUCCAACAAUUCUGAAACCUCUUGUGGAUCAGAUAAUGAAUACAACAGGGGAACUGAGACACAGUGUUAACAAAACACUAGAGGCUUUUGAAGAAGUCUUGCAUGUAUACAAAUCUGGGCUGCAUCUACAGAACAUGCCUUCAUCUGUAAUUAAAGACUAUGCUGUGCUGAAAGGCAUGGGUACAUCUGGAAAUAAGGAGUACAAGUGCUGGCCUUCCUACAACCAUCAAGGAUGCAUGCUGUCUGUGCACAGUGCUGCAGAGGCUGCCCACAUCUGCAACACUCACCCACAAUGCACCAGUUUCUCCCUCAGUGACCAAAAGACAUGGACAGGUCGACUUCUUGCCUCAUUCAGAAGUGGCUUCAGUCAUCUGGUUCCAGAUGUGAGCUCGACAGUCUACGUGAGGACGGCCAAAGCCUCGGCAGCUACUCUGUAAGAGGGGGAAAUAGAGAGCGAGACAGAAAGAGAGAUGCUGUGGGGGAGGGAGAACUAUGAAGUGAAUGAACGAGAUGUAUUUAUAGGCAUCACACUCAAAAGACUGUUUGAUCUGCCUGCCAAUGCUGCACGCUGCCAAGAAACGUCUAAAAGGAUUUCCCUUCAGGUAUAAUUACCUCUCCUUACACAAAAAGAAACACCCAGCCCUCUGUUUUUUGCCUUGUGCUGUUGUGUUUGUAUGGCACAGUCCAAUGAAAGGAUAUUGAGCCUAUUCUAUACAAGCUCUUACACAGAUUUACUUUGAUGUUAAUGGAGCCAGCAGUUCUGCGGCGUUGUGCUGCAUGCUGGUAUGCCUUAAACACAGUGUUGCAACAGGCAAGGAAAAAAGUACUGAAAUUACAGCUGUGUAGGAGCUGAGCUGUAGUUCUACAACUGAAUAGCUGUUUAGGAUCACUUUACUGAUCACUGCAGUUCAUUUUUAUUGUAGUUUAUUGUUAUUGUACAUUUUCAUCCAGUGGAUGUGAUUGAUUUAGUUGUUCUUUCAGAGAAAGAGUUACUGUUAUUUGACAUUUUUGACAUGUUGUGCAGUAUGUUUUUGUGUUGAAAGAAAUUAAUAAAAGUGUUUUGUUUUGUA